UUUUACUUGUAGAUGCUAUUGAAGCAUUUUUUUUUUUGUUUAUUAUUUGUUGGAUCAGAAUUUGAUGUUUGUUCUAAUUCAUGACAUUUUUAUAUGUUUGAUGUUUUCUAAUGAAGUCUUCUUAAGAAGUUGGUUGAUCAAUAUGGAGAUCGGAAAUGGGCUUUGAUAGCAGAAAAGAUGAUUGGUAGGGCAGGCAAGCAAUGUCGUGAAAGAUGGCAUAAUCAUUUACGACCUGAUAUUAAGAAAGAUGCUUGGAAUGAAGAAGAAGAGAGGAUUUUGGUGGCAGCUCAUGAACAAUUUGGUAACCGAUGGGCAGAAAUUGCUAAGAAACUUCCUAGAAGAACCGAAAACUCGAUCAAAAAUCAUUGGAAUGCCACCAAAAGAAGGCAAAAUUCAAAGAGAAAGAAGAACAUGAAGAUUAAUAAUGAGUUUGAGGGUGGAAAUCAACCAUCCAUUUUGCAACAAUACAUCAAAAACAAAUAUCCAUGCAACACAACCAAAAACCCUAAUACCACAUUCACACCCACCACCUCGCCGGAGACCAACACAACCCCAUCAAACCCACCUAGAUCGGUGCUUACAACCAUCUCGGGCGAGGUCGAAAACCCGUACACCAACCUUGAUCUAGAACCUUCUAAUGACUACUACUACUCUUUUCCCUUAACCAUAGUAAACCCUAAUUACCAUGAGGAAAUAGAGUUCAUGCAAAACUUGUUGAGGGCUACUAAUGAUGUAUCAUAUGGUACUUGUGUAAGUUUGCAUGAGAAUUAUGAUCAGGUAAAACCACAGGAGAUUAUUAAUACAGGUGAUCAUUGGAUGAUGAGCACAAAAGAAGGUAGUAGUAGUAGUAAUAGUAAUUAUAAUACUAGUACUAGUUACUCUGAUAAAUUUCUAUUUGAUCUGCUACAUGGAGGUGAAGUUCAGCAAUCUAUAUCUUAUGAAGAGACGAUGAGCAGUAGCCAAUAUGAUGAUGAUCACAAGGAGACACUGAUUUUGGAUGAAGCAUUCAGCUGGCAUUCAACUCAUGAUCAGAAGCCAAAAGAUAUGGACUUGUUUGAGAUGAUUACUUCCACUCAAUAUUCUCAAAUGAACAAUUGUUCCAGUCUCUAGGAUUUAGUUUUUAUAGUAAUUAAUUAAACUAUGUUUCAAGUGGAAGGACAAGCUUUAGUUUUGUACAAAUAUUACAUAUC